CAAGCCGGUAGCUGGCAAGACAAUCAGUAUGGUGGGAGAGUAUGGUUAAUUGUAGUUGUACACGGCUUGGCACUCGUCAGUCGUGCGCUAUCGAUGCCCGAUCGCGAACCGAUACCAGUCAGUUUGCAACGUCAAGAUCCGAACGUCAAGAAUGCUCGCUCUCGCGAACAUGAAGAAACACUUGUUCCUUCUGCUGAUCGUUGCUAUAAUAGAGAGAGCAGUCACCGAAGAUAUUGAUCCGCCCAUCCCUUGCGUAGAUGCUAAAACUUGCAUAGAGGUCUUGAACAUUUCGAAAGGGUUGUCGUGUCAAAAUGGAUAUUGUCUCUGCGAGAACAACGGGCAAACCAAAAACUGCUCCAGCAAUAAUAUAACACACAUUAACAGAAGUACAGGGGCCACAAUUUUCCACGUUUGCAAGACCGACAAGGAUUGCAUGGUUAAUCAUACUUUUUGCAACACGACGAUGAGCCAGUGCGACUGUCAAAGAGACUACAUCUUGUCAAGUAGCAAGAAAGAGUGUCUAAAAAAGGCUGAAACAUUCGACUUUCCGUGCACAGAGAGCAGGCAGUGUUCGAUACUUCUACCGAAUACAGUGUGUGAGAGUAAUCAUUGCGUCUGCAUACCCGGAUAUCAUCCUGUGGAGGACGCCUGCUACAAAACCAUCGCUAUGAGAGAGUUCUGUACCGGAAACGAGGAAUGCGCUCACGUUAGCGGUGCCGUAUGCACGAGUAGCGACGUUUGCGAUUGCCCGCAAGAGACUGUGAUCAGCGAGGAUGGGAAAAGAUGUUUGAAAGUGGCGCGUGAUAUCCAGGACGAAUGCGUUGAAAACGUUCAGUGCGCGCAAACAUUUGAAAAGGCGGUGUGCGUCAAUCAAACGUGCCAUUGCGAAGAUCGGUAUCACUUUGAGCCCGAAAUGAAACGAUGUUUCAACAACAGAGGAUUAGACGAGACUUGCGGCAAUACGUUCGACUGUUAUCAAGACGAGAAUGACAACGUGACGAGCAAGACGUUGAAGUGCGAGAAGAACGUGUGCGUGUGCGCGGAGAAUUACGAGAGAGAACACGACAGAUGCGUGAACGAAGGUUCGCUUCAGCCUGUUCUAUCCGUUUUCCUCGUCUUCUUCGUCAUCUACGUGGACUUGGCGAUCUAAGGGGAAUAAUUCAUUUUGCUCGACAAAAACGACGUACGAAAGAGGAGCAGUACAUAUUUCGGUUUGCCUCGGCGCGCGAACGUGAAACGCAACACGCGGAGUGGGAUUCAGCACGUGGAGAGUGAAAAAGGUAGCAGAAAACGCGGCGUGGCAUCGGAUGUCCCCGCGACGGCACAGAGUUUUACGCGUCGAGUGCAUCGAGAGAGAAGAAUAGGCCGGGUGCACCGAACCGUUUAAAGACUUCCUGCGGGUCGCAGCAUGCAAUUAACGCGCUCAAAGCGACUCCCGUUCUUGCAACCGCGUCUAUCUUACACGCAGGCUGUUUUCAAUGCCAAAGAAACGGAUACGCUCGCCAACAAGUGGAAACAACUGAACAAUCGCGCCUAGUUUGCUUCGGUUCGAGUUCUAUCUCGCUGAGAGUUUGAGAGACGGCGAGAUCUACGAGAAAUUGAUACACUCAAGCACGCGUAUCAAAACUCAAAACUUGGAAUCUCAUAACAGGGGAAUAAUAGUAUUUUAUAAUUUCCAUAACUCACAAGUAUCUGCACAUUUAUGCUAAGCUCAAUUCACAAUUUUGUUUCAACGUUACCUCGAUGUCUGGCACUUCGAUAACUUUAAAAAUGAUCAAAUCACGUCAAUCGAGAUGUGCAAAGUGUUAAUUAUUGCGAAUCUUUGGAAUCUCGUAACGAUUACAGAGCGGCGAUUACAGUGGUAUUUUAUAUUUUUCACAACAUUCUCACAAGUAUGAUUUGUAGAUUUGUGUCGAGGUCUCAAUUUUAUUUGAAUUAGAGACAGGUUAGAGACUUUUACGAAUUUUUAUAUUAAGUGUUUCAUUGUUAGGGAGAUAGCCUAUCGUUUGUUUUCUUUUUUUUUUAUACCUAUGCGAAGAUCGAGCAAGCGUCGUUGAUAAGCAUUCCGUUUAUUUUGUAUCUUCUAUUUUUUUUUUACAUCGCUGUAUUCUUAGGAUAAGAAACAUUUGUUGUUACUUUGCAAAGGAAGCUACUAUCGUUUCUCGUGAUCUUUUUCUUCUUUUAAAUACAGUAUGUGUUAAUAAACGAGAGUUUUAUUUUUCA